GGAGCAAAGAGGAGAGGAGCCGAUCGCCACGUUGGUGCUGUGUUGGUUAGCCACCGGUGUAGGUGUACGCGUCGUAGGUGUACAGCUUCGCGGUCUGCCGCGGCGGCGUACUGUUCUUGGCACAGUUUCUGACCAUCUCCUAUUGCGAGCGGACCGCGCUGGACCUAAGCGUAAUUUCGUUGCGCCUCGCGGCACCGAACUUUCUUUCUCUUUCGCCCCAUUGUACCUCUCUUCCGGCCAUCCCUUCUGCUUCCGCGCGCCUCACCCCCUCCAGAGGACACCGAUCUUCGAAAAAAUGCAGCUCACAUCGUGUUGCAGAUGUUUCUCGCUGAAAGCGGGGACGCUAUUCACUGGAAUAUUAGGCAUAAUUUUAUCGGUCAUCUCGUUGAUCAUGAUCUUCACUUUGAAUGUCGAAUGGAAGACUAUACUGAUCGACGUAGUGGACCAGAACAUCGUCAGGAUCAUUUUCGCGAUAAACUUGUGCAUGACGAUCCUGAUCUCGACGCUGCUCAUAAUAGGGGCCCUGAAGAAAAAUACGUUUAUGAUGUUACCAUGGGUGGUUCUGGGCUUAAUUCUAGCGAUUGGUCUAUUGGUAAGCGUGAUCUACACAUCCAUCAUGUUCUUCGUGAAUAGCGAGACAAUAAAUGGAAUUCUGUGGCUCGUCAUUGGCCUUGUAGCCGUUGUGAUCUACACGUACUUGUGGCUGGUAGUGUACAAUUACUUCCAACAGCUGAGGUACGAUAAAAUGAACAGCAGAAUUGGCCCAUACGGAAGACCGUAUAAUUAUCGACGGCCUUGAAAUAAAUCGGUGAUUUCAUGAAGAAAAACACUCACAUGAGGUUUCUCCUUCGCGAAAAGAUUGGACUGUUUUUUAUUUUAAUCGAUAAGUCAGCGUUAUUGGCAUGGAAGAACAGUCUAAUUACCUCAGGAGGAGUUACUUAAAAGUUCAAUUAGGGUAUUCGCACCAAAGCACAAGGCAUUGCCUUUCGAAGAUAGAGGAUUUAUCGUGUUUAUAAAGCAAGACUAAUUGUCAAAGAGUAGAUUAGAAUAUAUUUAUGGCACCAAGAUGCUCCCUCGAAUGAUAAUCGAUAUCUUCUUCUAUAACUAUAUUCAACUUAUUUUUAACAUUCUCCUUUGCGUAAGAAAUAAAUACGAAACUUUUCUAGAUAGAUCACUGUAUUUAUAUAAACUACACUUCAUUUAAAUUGUCUACCUCUUUUUUACUUUUUUUAAAUAAAAACUGAGUCGUUAAAAAAAUAAAAAUUGUACUUAUGAAAUAGUUCAUAAUUCCCUUUGAUAAAAUAAAAUCACUCGCACUGAAAAUUUAAGACUUUUAGUACAUCUCACGCAUCAUGAAAGAAGGAACGAAUUCAUAUUCAAAAGAUACGCACCCCUUUUUCAUUCUAUACACGAAUUUCCACCUAACGUAUUAAUAGUAAGAUACACCUCGACGACUAGCAUAGCCCACAAAGAUAUAUAGUAAAGAAACGAAGAACGACCAUCGUUCGAGGGUGCAAGAAGAAUUAUGAAACGCGCUUCGUUUCAAGCGGGAUCGCGAGGGAGGAACGCAUUUUUUACUGGGAAACAGACAUUGCCAGUUCGCCAGCGCGAUAUCAAAAAGGCGAGGCUGAUCCCAGGCAGGACGCAAAUAGAUUCCAUUUUCAAGGAUAACGAAAAUGUUAAGCGUAUGCAAAAAUAUACGCGUUGCCACAGCGCGAGAACCAGUCACUCCUACGCAAGGUUAACGACUGACUUUAUUUAUUUUCCUGACCCCACUUUUACUCUCUUCUACUCGUCUUUCUACCCGUGUAAAGAUCUACCAUUUGUAACUAUUGUU